UUAGGUCAGAGUUCACAAUAUCACGUGUAAAUUUCGCGCUCUUUAAAUCGUUUGGCGCUGAACGGAAGAAUACACGUUUUCCUUGGGUUUAUUUCGUGAAAAAAAAUUUCAUUUACCAUGCCUGGAAUUGAGGACUGGUUGAACUGUCCACUGGACAUCGUUCAGGGUUUAUUCGAUGUCACUAAUAAAAACUGGUCCAACAAGGUGACAGAAUACUUCAAUAAGAAACUUCAAGACAAAGACAGCUUGGAAUGGGUGCCGUCACUGAAUCAUACAUCUCUUCAUCUUCUCAAAGCGAACACCUUGGUGCGAUUUCGUUGUAUGAUUCAGGAUAUGUAUGAUCCUGAGUUUUAUCUGGGAGCAUAUGAAGUUGUUGACAAGACAUCUGGGCAAACUACAAUAAAAUCUGGGACGUUUCAAGACCUUGCUGAGUGCACUCAGAACCAACGGCUGAACUUGGAAUCGUCAAGGAAUGUCACCCUUGACAGACAGACAUUCUACUGUGUCCCCGUGCCUGCUGAGACAGAAUGGGUCAAACAAGCCUUUGCUGAAAACAGUCGAUACCAGACCUGUGACCCAAUUACUUCACAGAGUUCACGAGUCAAAAGGGCACUGGAGGUCGAUGACACCACUGUGUCAUCAGCACAACCAAUUUCAAACCAGUCUGGUGACCAUGACACUGAUGUAACCAUGGAGACCUCAGAUGUCAGCCAAUUUGAUAAGAGAACAAGAAGGUCAGAGGCCACAGGUCACGGGUCAAUGACACCAGUUGACCUAAACUUUCCUUUACCUGAGGAAAAGGGGCCCGCCUGUAUGGUCAAGGUGUAUGAUCAUUUUGAGUCAUUCCGUGUGAAUGAUAUCGUUGAGUUCAUUGGAGUUUUGUCUGUUGACCCCGAAUUGGCUAAUUUACCCGGGCAAGACAAUAAUGGAAGUGGACUAUCUUCCGCAAUUGACGGAGCUGACGAAAUGGAAGGAAUUGAAGAGCAAACUGCACAUUCUCCUCCACCUUCACUGGUACCCCGUCUUCAUGCAGUUAUAUCACACAAGCUGCAGCACAUUAACCCCAUGUUACCAGUUAGUCUGGAGUCAGAAGAAGGUAACAUUUUUGUGCAAAGCAUGAUGGGAGAAUUGGGUUCUGUAAGGGAUCAGCUCAGAUGUCUCCUGCAGCAGGUUUUGUUUGGGGAUUCCCUUUCUGCUGACUACCUCCUCCUCAAUCUUGUGUCUUCUGUGUAUGCAAGAAGAGAUGUGGUUGCUCUUGGGAAGUUCACUGUGAAUCUGAUUGGUUGCCAAGAAUCUGGAUUCAGCCAAAUGCUGCAAGGUUUACUCAGCCAACUUGUUACCAAGUUUCACCUGCUUCCAUUGUCCCUUCAAAACAUGAACAGCCUGCGAUUGACUCCUAAGAAGGACUAUACUGCCAACAGGUUGAAGAGUGGAGUGUUACAGCUGAGUGAUAGAACCCAUGUAUUGCUUGAUGAGACUGCACUUCAACCUGGCCAACUAGAUACAAAUGGUGUUCACAAUCUGGCUGCUAUUGGGAAUGCCAUUUCUUGGCAGAAGGUGGAUUAUGAUUUUGAGUUCCACAAGACGGAAUUCAAGACAAAUCUUGUCUUCUUGGUCACAUCAGAGGGCAAGUCAUUGCUACCACAUGAUUGUCAGGUGGUACUUCAACCCAAGACAUCAUUGAACAUUGCUGAUGUCCAGAGGGGAAUCCAUCAGUUGAUCAGUUCAGGGAGUGUCAACCUCACUCGAAUCAGGACUUACCUUGGAAUUAUUCCAUUCAUUCAGUACAACCUGACAGAGGAAAUGUCCAAGAUUGUUGAACAGGACUUUGUGGAGGCACGGAAGUCUGAUCCUAGCCAGAUGACACAGGAAGAUUUCCACUCUCUCUUGAUAGUAGCAAGGUUGCUGAGUGUUUCCAUGGGCCACAAAUCUCUGACCAGAGAUAUUUGGGAGAGGACAAAACGAAUGGAACAAGAACGUAAGAUAAGACUGAAGAAUGCAUCCUCUCAACAAUGAAGAAGUCGAUCAAGAGCCUUUGAUGGAAAUUAGUAGACUGGUCACCGGGUGACAUUUGUCCUGAAAAUUUUAACUGAGGGGUCACUUUUAAAGAAGACAUUGUAGAGGAAAUGUUGACAUACAGACAUAAAGUUCUUGAUACUUUCCAAAUUGUAACCCAGUGCCAGUCUAACUAAACGAAGAUGAAUAGAGAGAAUGAUUUUCAAAAAUCAGGCUUAACUAUCUUUUUCUCAUCCAAAAUUUCUCCCCAGUUUGUACCAAACGUCGAUAACACCUGCCUGUACUGAUGUCAUAUUUGAGUUGCCAUAUCUGGAAAACCAAACCUUUCGAGUUGAUUUCAAAAUUUUCACUGAUGAUUUCGUCUUUAACAAUUCUGUACCACGUGUACCUUUUGACUGGCGUAAAGAUGUGUAUUCUUCAAAUGUCAAGUGUGUAAAAUAUGGCAUCUUUAGUAACAUUCCUGGAGUGAUUUGCUUGUAGUAACACAGAGCUAUGUUGUGGUAAAGUUCACUUCUAUAGUUCAUUGCACGUCAAAUAAAAAAGUGCAUGAACAGCAAGACUUGAAA